AAACACCAGGCAGUUGGCUUCAAGUGUCUGACAGCUCCUGCAGCCAAGUACUUAUGGAGAUGUGCAGUGGAGCAGCAGCUUUUCUUCACGUUGUCAUCGUCUGCUGCAGCACCCAAGAUCAGGUCUGGGGGAACUCUAUUUUCACGAGGAUCUAAAUUUCGUUUUAGUGGGAGGUGCCAGAAUGAAGCUUAUGAGGCCAGUGGGAACAUUCGCAGAACAGAGCCACCAUUUGCCAGAACAUCCUCGUUGCCCAAUUUCGCAAAGAGAAACCAUGGGCAUGACAGUAAAAACAACACUCGGCAGCACUCUCUUGCUUCUCAGAGUUUUAGAGAAGAUCGAAGAAAGAUCAAUGUGUACAAAGCUGCAAGUAAACGGAAAGAAGAAGGUGAUGCAGACAGUCCUAUCAAAACUGGAAGUGAAGAAGCUGUAAUAACAUCCAGCACGGAAGAAGUCAUUCAGCAAGGUCCUAGAGUUCAAGCUCCACCAGAAAGGAUAGAAGUUGUGGAAGAGGUCGUGCUGAAAUCCUCAGCUGAUAAGGUGGUCACUGCAGCUACACUCUCCUGGGAGCACAAAGAAAAUGGACAGGUUGUAAGAGACAGGUCUGGCAUUUUGGAGACCAGCAUUGAUGAGACCCUCCCGUAUGAACCCAACCGGACGAUGGAGGAAUCUGACGAGGAGGAGAACAAACCUGGUUUGGAUGAGCAGAUAAAAAUGUUGGAGGAGGAGAUAAUCAAACCCAGUGUUCAGAAAGAAUUCAAUUUAUCCCCGCAGAGUGUCCAGGCAGCAGCAGCAGCACCUCCAUCACCCAAGAAAAAAAGUGGAAAGGCAGGCAGCGGGUUGAAGUCGGUCCUUCUAUCGCUGGCAGUCGUCUUGUUGCUCUCAGUCCUGUUUUUUUACCUCGUGUUCUUCAGUCCUAUACAACACCCGUUUAUUUCCGCAAUUAGGGAGCACUUAGAAUUUUUGGAGCCUGUUAGAGACUAUGUGGAAGAGAAAGCCAACCACAUUGUCAGUUAUUUCCAGAAGUAA